CCUGAUCCCACGUUUCCACAGUCGAAGAAGUCAGUACAGGAAGCUCCAGCAGCUGUCACUGAUCGCAGAACUGUUUUGACUGGAGACUCAGUCAAACCCAGGUCAGAGAUGAUUCAGGCGAAGAACCGACUCCGGUUCAGUUGUUUGGGAAUAUCUGCAGCCAGACUGUUUUCUUCUGGACCCGGAAGAAAUCCCGUGGUGUUUCUGGACAUUGAGGCGGAUUCGGAACCUGUGGGCAGGAUCAUUAUAGAGCUGUAUGCUGAUGUGGUGCCAAAAACUACAGAAAAUUUCCGAGCCCUCUGCACAGGAGAACAUGGGUUCGGAUACAGAGGUUCAGUGUUUCACAGGAUCGUCCCCGAGUUCAUGUGUCAGGGAGGAGACUUCACCAAACACGACGGCACAGGAGGGAAAUCCAUUUACGGCAAAUCAUUUAAAGAUGAAAACUUCAAAUUAAAACAUACUGGUCCAGGAGUCGUUUCCAUGGCAAACUUAGGCCCAAACACUAACAACUCCCAGUUCUUCAUCUGCACCAAAAAGACUGAGUGGCUGGAUGGUAAACACGUCGUGUUCGGGCAGGUGAAGGAGGGCAUGGAGGUGGUAACAAAAAUGGAGUCGUACGGUUUGCACGACGGCGGCGUGUUGAAGAAAGUGGUCAUCACUGAUUGUGGGGAGAUUAAAUGACAGCUCAACGUCCUCAAGAAUCAAACACUAUGCAGAUUUUCACUGUUUAUCUCGUUCCUCUGUGCAUCUGCGAUGCCUUCAAGGAACAGCUGUCUAAUGUUAACAUGUUCAUGUUUCCACAAACUGACACUUUUACAGUGAGCAUGAUUUCCUCUCAGGCAGGAUAAACAGAUGUCAAAUGUUUUUAUUGUGUGUCUGCAUGUAAAUAAUAAGUAGAGACUGGGAGGCGUGACGUCUUGACUGCUUUUACUACGUGUUGUUUUGUGUAUAUUUGUGAAUAAAUGAGUUCUGUCAGAUU